AUGGGAAAAUUGAUUCUGAAAACAACAGAAAUGGAAACAAACUAUGAUUUGGGCAAUAAAAUGAUUGAAAGUUUGUUAAAAGAGAAAGUAGUGAGUGGGGAUGUAAUCACAAUCGAUAAAGCCACUGGUAAGAUCAGCAAAUUGGGCAGAUCUUUUGCCAGAGCUCGUGAUUAUGAUGCCACCGGAGCUCAAACUCGCUUUAUCCAAUGUCCUGAGGGUGAAUUACAAAAACGCAAAGAAGUUGUUCAUACUGUGACUUUACAUGAGGUCGAUGUUAUAAAUAGUAGAACUCAUGGAUUUCUGGCUUUGUUCUCUGGAGAUACUGGGGAGAUCAAAACUGAGGUUCGUGAGCAAAUAAAUGGUAAGGUAGCCGAAUGGAGAGAGGAAGGAAAAGCUGAGAUUGUUCCAGGGGUUCUGUUUAUUGAUGAGGCUCAUAUGUUAGACAUAGAAUGUUUUUCAUUCUUGAACAGAGCUUUAGAGAACGAGAUGACACCUGUUGUAAUAAUGGCAACAAAUAGAGGCAUAACCAGAAUUCGAGGAACAAAUUAUAGGAGCCCCCAUGGAAUUCCUAUUGACUUAUUAGAUAGAAUGAUAAUUGUGCCAACUAAACCCUAUGUUGAAGAUGAAUUGAUGGAGAUUAUAAAAAUCAGAUGUGAAGAAGAAGAUUGCCAAAUGUCUGCUGAUGCUAUGACCGUUUUGACCAGAAUAGCAAUGGAAACGUCUUUGCGUUACGCAAUUCAACUAAUUACAACAGCUGGGCUAGUUUGUCGCAAACGUAAAUCUGUUGAGGUUUCUAUGGAUGAUAUUAAAAGAGUGUAUUCCCUGUUUUUGGAUGAACAUCGAUCAUCACAGUUUUUGAAAGAAUAUCAAGCUGAGUAUAUGUUUAGUGAGAACGCAGAUGAUCCUCUUAUGGAAACUGAUGACUAAUUUUUCCUCCACGAGUUUCUAAUUCUUUUUAUCUAUAAUUGAUGUAUAAGUUUAUUAUCUUUGUUUACUAUGAAAUAGAAUGAAUGAUGUAAUGGAUAUUAAUGUCUCUCAUGAAAG